AUGCCUCUUGCUCAAUACUCUCGUUAUUAUUACACCCAUGGAGCUUGUAAAGGCAAUCAGCAUAGUCUCAGAAGCAAGAUUGGGCUUUGGGGAAGCCCAUCUUCGUUUUUAUAUUUGAAUUCCCAUUCAUCGAUGAUACUUGGUGGUGCUCAUCGCCAGUAUUAUACUCAGUCAAUAACAGAAACCAAAUCAAAGAAAAUGCUUUAUUACCUCACCGCCGUUGUCUUUGGCAUGGUGGGGCUAACUUACGCGGCUGUGCCAUUGUAUAGAACGUUCUGCCAAGCUACUGGUUAUGGAGUUGCUUACUAUUCUUCUGUCUCUAAAAAUAGGGAGAUUGUGGUUCAGUUCAAUGCUGAUGUUGCAGAUGGGAUGCAGUGGAAAUUCACUCCAACUCAAAGAGAGGUUUAG